UUGGAAAAUAACGGACGAUAAACCAGUUCACUAAUCGGGUCGACGGGUGAUCCGGGACGCACUUUUCUCCUUUGGCCGGUUUCCCACCGUCACAGGUCAUUCAUUCAUCGCCGAGCAAAUGUUCCUGAGCAGCCAUACAGGAACGCCGCUUACCUUCUGUGUCUAUUCUUCCUGUUAUUUUCAUCAAGAUAGAUCAUCAAAAUCUUCCAUGCGCGCUGCAUCCCAUUUCCUCAACACUUUCUCCUUCUCCGUUUUCCAUAAUACCCGUCGUCGCAGCGGCCGUUGGGACCUUCUCAGCCUCUUUUCCACGGCAUCUCUUCUCCGGAGCUCCUCAGCAACGUCUCAUACUCUUCGAUUCCACCCCCGUCGCCCUCUAUACUCCUCUACGCGCCUCUCAUAUCCUAUUUCGGCCAGUACUUUCUUCGAACAGUUAGUUUACGAGUCAGAGGAGUCCUUCAACCAUGAAGAUGAGAUGUCCAGCAGUAGCAAUCAGAGGGAAAGUUUCCAUUUUCAUAGCUCCUUUGACUCUACCGAAUUGAAGCGAGAUGACUCGCCUGAUUUUGGUGUCCAGAAGCUUGAUGACGUUCCGGAAAAGUGGCCUCGGUCAAGACUGGCUUGGCUGUGCAAGGAGCUUCCUGCACAAAAGCAAAACACUUUGGUUCGGAUUCUCAAUGCUCAGAGGAAGUGGCUCAGACAAGAAGAUGCUACUUAUAUCGUGCUUCAUUGUCUGAGAAUUCGUGAAAAUGAGACUGCUUUCAGAGUAUACAAAUGGACGAUGAUGCAACAUUGGUAUCAAUUUGAUUUCAGCCUAACUACAAGGCUAGCAGAUUAUUUGGGUAAGGAGCGUAAACACUUGAAAUGCCGCGAGGUUUAUGAUGACAUACUUAAUCAAGGACGAGUGCCUGCCGCGUCAACUUUCCAUAUUUUAAUUGUUGCUUAUCUCAGUUCAUCUGGUCAAUCAGUGGUUGAAGAAGCAUUUGGAAUUUACAGCCGCAUGAUCCAAUUGGGAGGUUAUAAGCCUCUCCUUAGCCUGCACAAUUCCCUGUUCAAAGCUCUAAUAGGAAAAGCAGGGGGCUCUUUUGCAGAAACUCUUAAACAAGCAGAGUUCGUUUAUCAAAACUUGACUUCCUUUGGGCUUCAUAUACACAAGGAUAUCUACAGUGGCCUUAUAUGGCUCCAUAGUUUUCAAGAUUCAAUCGACAAAGAUAGAAUUGCUUCACUGAGAGAAGAGAUGUGUUUGAGAGGCAUCGAAGAGGGCACGGAUGUACUUUUGUCAGUUAUGAGAGCUUGCUCAAAGGAUGGAGAUGUGGCAGAAGCUGAAAGGACUUGGGCGAAGCUUCUUUCCUCUGAUAAUCAUAAUCCUUCACCACAAGCCUUUGUGUUUAAAAUGUUGACUUAUGCAAAGAUUGGAGAGCAUAUGAAAGCGUUGGAGAUAUUUAGGGGAAUGCAAGAGAAGUUGAGUUCCACUCCUGCCAUAGCAUUUCAUAGAAUCAUAGAGAUAUUGUCAAAAGCUCAAGAGAUAGAACUGGCAGAAUCAGUCUUUCAAGAGUUCGUUGACAGUGGCAUGUGCCCACUCCAGCCUUCAUUUGUACAUCUCAUGCAGAUGUACUCUUUUUCUAGACGACAUGAGAAGCUGGAGUCCACUUUCUUUCAUUGUCUUGAAAAAUGCCGCUCAAAUCGGACAGUCUUCAGCAUCUACCUGGAAUCAUUGGUUCAGAAUGGGGAUAUUGAAAAGGCUGGAGAAUUAUUCAACCAGAUGGUUGAGAACUCUUCUAUUGGUGUAAAUGCUCGGUGCUGUAAUAGCAUAUUGAGAUGUUAUCUCUCUCAUGGGGAUCAUAUCAAAGCAGAAAAGGUGUACCAGUUAAUGCGCCUGAAGAAAUAUGAUACUGAUCCUUCCUUGAUAGAAAAGCUGAGUUUUGUUCUAAGUUUGCGCCAGGUGGAUGUCAAAGAACCAAUAAGGCAGAAACUCAAUAUAGAACAACGAGAGGUUAUGGUGGGGUUGUUGUUGGGUGGUUUGCAAAUCAAAUCAGAUGUGGAGAAUAAGAAACAUUUAAUCCAUUUCCAGUUUAACAAAAACUUGAAACACCAUUCUGUUUUAAGGAGGCAUGUGUAUGAUAAGUAUCGUGAGUGGUUAGCUUGUCUAGAUACACUGGCUGAUGAUGAAGAUAAUGUUCCAUGGGUGUUUGCUACCAUUUCACAUUCUUAUUUUGGUUUUUAUGCCAACCAGUUCUGGAAAAAUGGUAUUCCUACUAUUCCCAAACUAAUCCACAGAUGGCUAUCGCCUCGAGUUCUUGCUUAUUGGUACAUGUACUCAGGGUAUAGAACAUCAUCAGGUGAUAUUCUGUUGAGAUUGAAAGGAAACAAAGACGGUGUUGAAAAUAUUGUGAAGACAUUCAAGGCAAAAUCUUUAGAUUGCAGAGUGAAGAAGAAGGGAGGUGUGUUUUGGAUAGGUUUUAUUGGAGAUAAGUCUGGAUGGUUCUGGAAACUUGUUGAGCCCUUUGUUCUAGAUGAUCUAAAAGAAUGCUUGGAAUCAGGAGGAGGCAACCAAUCAGGUGAUUGCGAAGGAGUUCAACCCAUUGCGAAUUGGUAUGGAUCUGAUGAGAAGCUUUUUGGUUCUAGUGAUGAUGACAUGUGAAUGGUUUGGAUUCUCGCCACUCCAGGGUAAAUUUGUGUCUGGGAAAAAGGCUACAUCACCAUACAAGUGUGCAGAGGUUUAGGUUACGUUUAGCAGCCAGUUAUGGCAGCAUAAUCCUCUUCUUAAUAGCACUACAAUUCCAAAACCAAAAACUCCCGCCCAGCCCUCAUUCAACAGCCUCUACAUUUCAUCAUACACCCUUACCUUUUAUUGAUUCAUUUUCCUUCAAAUACGUCAGAUAUGCUUCCGUUCACUUAGCCAACGAUAGGAGCACCGGAGCAGCGGUUCCUUUGCCUCCCAAUCACCUUUGCCUUUCUCACUUUGCCACCGCCUUGUUCUUUACCGUCAAUUUAUGUACUGAAUCAGUGAGGAGAUGCUCUAAGAUUAUGGAAACAAGGUGUAUAGUACAUUUGGGGAUAACAUACUGUCCUCCUAUAAUGAAGAUGCUAUUGGUGGAUCAAUACAUCAAGCACCUCCAGUUGAUCAAGCAUUGCUUUGCAGUCUUAAAGAUCUUUGAAGAAAGUCCGUGCAUCAAAUGAGUAAACAGCUGUUCUUAACAAAAUGCACCAAAGUGUAACACCGUGCAGCCCAAUGCACCAAUGGACUUGCUCUCCCAAAACUGGGAGCCGUUGUUAAAAUGAGACAUUGGACUCGGCUCUUAUUAAGCCCCUAUGUGCUGCUGGGCUGAUAUAACAGAUUCGGUCGCUAAUAUCCUUUUACCACAAAGGCUCUUGAAGUGAUAUGCUAUGAUCUUAUUUAGCUACUACUAUAAGUAAAUGUGGGCGAUCAGUUGCAGUGGUAAUGACUCCUGGGUGCAUGCGAGUAUGGUGCCUCCUGUAAUCGGCUUCUGGUGUUUGAGCUCAUGUUGCAAAACUGCUUUAAUGGAUUCUUCAGCUGAGCCACUGCUACCCGUCCUCAUUGUUUGUUGCUUGACCUCCCAACACAUUUAGAAAUGUUUACAUGCAAAUUGGAUGAAAUCCUACUUGCUAAAAAAAAUAGAAAUGUUUACAUGCAGAGUUGUAUAUAACGAUUGUGGUUAAGCUUGUAAAACUUGGAAGAACUAAUCUCGCUGCCACUAAACUAAUCAUGCUCCAGAUUAUACGAGAUCAACUUGUAUUUAAGCCCUAUUUGGUAGCAUCAAUUUAUUUCGCUCAUUAGCAUGUUGAGAAGCA